AUGGGUGGCAAACCGAAGAAGGCUGCAGACAAGCGCUGCCCCAAAUGCAAGAAGACAUUCGCAAGCUCUUAUUCUAUGAAGCGACACCUAAAGAAGAAAAACAAAUGUGAUAAGCGGUCGGUGAAGAAGCGUGUUGCAGAGAAGAAGGCGAGGCGUAAAGUUCAAAACAAGGCCUACUACAACCGGCGCAAGUGGAACAUCUCGCUUGCACGAAUGCCGACGAGCAAGGUCCUCGACGUUCUCUUGAGCGAAAUUCCGGGCACCUCUGAGAUUGUAUCGCUAAAUCUAGCCGAGCGUCUCUGUCUACUUAAGCAAAACGCAGGGCUUUCUACCUCCGACACUUUGAGCACGCAGCUUACCACUCGCCUCGAGCUUUUAAACCGCUAA